AUGGGGAUCGUUCAUGCAGCUUCCGCUCCUCCACCACCUCCUCCAUCCCUAACUCCCGAGUUACCACCAAGUUUAGCCAAAAAAGAUUUAACAACGGCUCUCGAUGGAGCAGAAAGACUUGAAAAUCCGGGUACGAUUGAGGACCUGCACAAAAAAUGCAAAGAUGUAUUUCCUGUUAAUUUUGAAGGAGCCAAGUUGAUGUUGAAUAAAGGUCUUAGUAAUCACUUUCAAAUCUCUCAUACAAUCAAUAUGAGCUCCACGGCACCAUCAGGUUAUAGAUUUGGCGCCACAUAUGUUGGAACGAAACAGACAUCGCCAACGGAAGCAUUUCCAGUUUUGUUGGGCGACAUUGAUCCCAGUGGAAAUCUUAAUGCCAAUAUGAUACACCAAUUUGGCCAGAGAAUCAGGGGGAAACUCGCCACUCAAAUCCAACGUAGUAAAUUCACAGCUGUACAAAUGACUUCGGAUUAUCGUGGCGAUUCGUAUACACUUUCGGCAACACUAGGAAAUCCAGAUAUUAUUAAUAAUUCUGGUGUAAUGGUAUUGCAUUAUUUGCAAAGUGUAACGUCGCAACUAGCUUUAGGUGGUGAGGUCGCUUAUCAGAAGGGACCAACGGUUCCAGGAGGAUCAAUCACUGUGGCUUCGGCCGCUGGUCGUUACACAAGUGGAGAUUCGACAAUGAGUGCUAGCCUCAGUCUCGGUGGAUGCCACCUCUGCUUCCACCAAAAAGCUAGCGAUCAGGUCCAAGUUGGAGUGGAACUGGAAGUCAAUUCUAGAAUACAAGAAUGCACCGCUACAAUCGGAUAUCAGGUUGAUCUUCCGAAAGCGGAUCUUGUCUUUAGAGGAAGCGUUGACUCAAACUGGACAGUUGGAGCCGUUCUGGAAAAGAAAUUGCAACCUCUGCCAUUUUCGUUCGCCCUGAGCGGCAUGCUAAAUCACAACAAGGGAAAUUUCCGACUCGGAUGUGGUUUGAUUAUCGGAUAAGACAACUGCUCUGUUGCAUAGUCUAUUUUUACAAUGCACAGGGAAUUGGGAGUUCUUUGCUUCUUGUUCCACCGGACGUAUCACGAAUCACGUAUAUGACAUAUAUGACGUAUAUGACGUAAUUAAUGCUUAUGCUGCCAUUACGAUCUGUUUUACAUUCGAGAUUUUCACGCUGUUGCCACCUCCUCCUCCUCCUCCUCCUCCUCCUCCUCUUCCUCCUCCUUCUUUCCGAACAGGAUUUGUGUGUCUCGCGAUUCUCCUUAUUAUUUUCCAUUAAAGAUCAAUACCAUCAGUUUCUACGCAUUUCGGUACAACAUUCGUUCUCAUAGAAAUAAAGCAUGUAAAUAUCAAGUCGAUUCUUUUUCAUAGAAUAUCUUUUUUAUGUCUUUUGGACAUUCGUUUAUUGUAUCUCGUUAAUAUAUGCAUACUCAAGAUGCCGUCACGCUUCAAAAUCGUCAUUUGAUCGAUCUUAUUCUGAAUUUUUUCAUCUUUUUAGCUUACUCAUAAUAGAGAAAGCUGUUUUUUUUUCUUGGUUCAUCAAAAUCGACAUUUUGCAGUUAAUUCCGAGAACCGUUUAGGAAAUAUAAUUCGCGAUUUUUCUGAGGCAAAUUUCAGACAAUGGCAGUGUCGAUUAUUCUUUGUUGUUUUGUAUAGUUUAUAGGUAUUUCCAGAUUGACAAAAGUAAUGAAUGCAUUUAAUAAGUAGUAUAAAUAAAUUUUCUAGUAUCAGUUCACUCGACAGGUUGUUCACAAUUGGACUUUAUACUCUUUUUCCCGAGAGAAAAUUUUGGAUAAUAGAGUAUAGUAAACUAUACUCUAUUCCCCGAGAGAAUAACCUGCAGAUUCAGUACUUUCAAGUGUCUUUAAAACAAAACAAAAAAAC